UUGUUCCUUUAAUAUGAGAAGUAAGGGAGUUGAGAUUCCAUCCUUGGAUCUCAACCCUCUUAUUAAUCUUGAUUGCCUUUACAUAUAGUGCUUUAUUUAGCACAAGUGUAAAUUGUUAUACUAUAAUCUUUGUUCUAUCUCUCUAUCCAUCUCUUUGUUUAUCUAUUUUCCAUCUUCUUUGAAAUGAGUAUCAAACUUGCUUCUCAUCACCAUUCCUUGUGUUUCCACAAUCUGGAGAAUGCUCCGAAACAAUACUGUAUUGCAUGCACAAAGGAAAUCUCGAAUACAGCCUAUACUUGUGAAAUUUGCGGGUUUAUGCUCCAUGAAUCAUGCGCGAGUGAACUACAUCUGCCUCUUAAGAUUAUUCACCGUCUCCACUCGCAGCACCGUCUUCAACUACAACUCAACUGGCAGGAUUUCAUUUGUGAUAAAUGUUGGUGUAUUUCUACUUUCUCCAGAUACAAGUGCGAUGAAUGCAAUUUUAAUCUUGAUUUAGCAUGAGCUUCUUCAACUAAUGAUAUAUUACUUAAAGAGGAGUGGCAGAGAGUUACAGACGGCAAGAGAAUGGAAAUUCAACAUUACAGCCACCUUCACAAGUUGACCAUCUUCAAAUAUAGGAAGACAAGAGAAUAUGACUAUAAUUGUAGUUGGUGCGAAAAGCGUCUAUCAGAAGUGUGCUAUGGCUGUCUAGAAUGUGACUUCUUCCUUCAUGAGUUGUGUAGGGAUAAGAUACCGAAAAGACUUUAUCAUCCUUUUCAUCCUUCGCACCCUCUUUGCUUGCACUAUAAAACCAGCAGCUAUUGCAUAGCUUGUGCAGAAUUUGUUUAUGAUGGAACAUCUGAAGGGGAUCUUCCCUAUAGCUGCCGAAAGUGCAAUGUUUUUCUUCAUUUUCACUGUGCUAAGCUCUUACCCACCCUAAAACAUAAGUGUCACGACCACCCUCUCACUUAUUUCAAAAAAACCAGCUACGGUAGGCCAAAUCCUUUUCGUUGUAAUGUUGAAAAUCUUUGCGAUAAUAAUUUCUAUCGUUGUGUGCAAUGCAAUUUCAACGUCCAUCUUCCUUGUGUUCCAAUACCGUCUUCAAUUAAACAUAGAUAUCACAGGCAUCCAAUGACUUAUAUGGACUCAUUUAGAGAAGAUGAUUCUGGAGAAUAUUAUUGUGAUGUUUGUGAGAAUGAAAGGAAUCCAAUGGAUCCUGUUUAUUGUUGUGAAAAAUGCACAUAUAUUGCUCAUAUUGGUUGCGGACUCAAUGAGGAUAAAAUUUCACCUGAGAAGGACGUCUCAUCCUCGGUUCCUCAAUCCAUUUAUAGUAACACUUUGUUACUGAAGGAAAUGGAGCAUAGUGAAGUCAUUGAUGGCAUCCACACUCCUCAGCAACUUCUGAAUCGAUUUAUCAUCCAUAGACAUCCCAUGAGAUUCUAUGAAGUUAUUGAAAAGUUAAAGAAAAAUCAAUACUGUCAAGCUUGUCGUAUGGUAAUUAGUGGUCCUUGUUAUGUCUGUGAAACGUGCCCAUUUGAAGAAUUAGAGUACUACCUACAUGAAAAAUGUGCUACAUUACCUUAUGAGAUACCACACCCUUUUCAUUCUAGCCAUCCUCUUAGCCUCUAUACUUCUUGUGUCCGUUACAUUGUAUGUGCUGAGUGUAGAGACGUAUGUUUUGGCUUCUUUUAUAGUUGUAAUAAGUGUGAUUUCAAGCUUGAUGUGAAAUGCGCUACUCUAACAGCUCAUAAAAUUGGUGUUUCGGAACGUAAAUGGAUGGAGAAACUAGCCGAGUUACACCAUUUAACCCAUCAACAUAAGCUUGUCCUUGGCAAUUGUAUUGACCCUACAAAGAAAAUAGAAUGCAGGGUUUGUGGCGUCCCAAUCUUUGGUCUAGCCUAUGUUUGCUCCAACCGCAACUGCUUUUACGAAGCUCAUAAAUCUUGUCUUGAAUUACCACAAAAGAUUCGAGUCCCAUUUCAUUUGGAACACAUGUUUAAAUUUUCCAAACCCAAGGGAUCUUAUGAGUGCUAUGCUUGUCGUCCUUUGUACAUAAACUCUCCUAGAUGUGGAUAUAGUUGUGAACAAUGUGACCUCAAACUCCAUCCCACAUGUGCUAAUUCUAUAAGGCGGCCUCUAAAAUGUGAGUCCCACCCGCACAAUCUUUAUUAUUUUGGGACAAAUUUUCAGCUGCUCUUUGAAACACAUAGGCAACCUCCCUUUUGUAGUGUAUGUGGGAAACAUUGUGGAGGAGCCUUUUAUCGUUGUUUGGAAUGUGCCAUCAAUUUUCACUUGGAUUGUGUACCCAUACCUCGUGUUGUUCACUACAAACGCCAUGUUCAUCAUUUAAUUAUGAAGGAUUCAUUUCAAGAAGAUGAUUCAGGAGAGUUUGACUGCUAUAUUUGUGAGGAAGAAAGAUAUCCAAAUGAUCAUGUAUAUUGUUGUGAAGACUGCAAGGAUUUAUUUGCUGCUCAUAUAGAAUGCGUGCUUGCUAAGGUUGAAGAUUAUACAGCAGUACUUAUGCAUUCCCAAUAAUCUUGGAGUUAGACUUUAAGAAGAACUCUGCCCAGCCGUUGCUAGAAUUGAAUCCUUAAAAGAGACUGCGGGGGAGGGAAUAUUUCAAUGAUAGAGAGUACACAGAUCAAGACAAAGAGAAAGAUUCAACCGUCUCUAAGUAGGAGAAAUUACAAAGAUCUUCAGAAGGGGAAGUUUCAUCUGCCUCUGAGAUGGAUGACUUAGAAAGAUAUGGUGUUCACAAGAAGUUCUCUUCGUGGUGGUAGCUGCUUCUUCCCUGUCUUCAUUUAUUGGCUGCUGUUGUGUGGUGGCUGCCGCUUUCUAUCCGGCUGAUAUUCUCUGCUUUUCUUUGUGGUGCCAUUGCUGCUACCUUCGACGUUGUUUUUGUCCUCAUAUUUAUUGCUUUAUUGUGUUGUUUGUUUUUGGUGGUCUGGUUUCCGGGUUUGUCUGUCCACCCUUGCUCUCUGUCUUCCAAAAGCAGGUGUACCCCAAUCGAAUUGACUUGAUGUUUAUUCAUUCAUGUGGUUGCCACUUGUUGUGUACGGAGGAGCUGUGUUCUUCUUCUGAUGGUCGGGAUGGAUCUGCCCAACCCUGCUGUCCAGUUUUCUCUUCAGUUGCUUUGCUUCUUGUUUGUGGAGGUUGGUUUUAAGCCAUGAGGUUUGUCUGCUGUGAAUGGCUAUACUGCUACUGGUUGUUCUAAUGUGUGAAGCUCUUUUGUGCUUGGAACCCUUUCUGGUCUGCUGUUUGUUUGGAUUAAUAAAUUCU